CGCUACAGCCAUAAGAUGACGUCAAGUCACAGACAGUAGAUGAGUUUAGAGGUUAUUUGAUCUCACUUUCUCGCGACAUGAAUAUUGUCAUGCUGGUAAGCGCUAGACAGUGUAUUUCGUGUUUAUUUCGCAUAUCUUCUAUUAAAUGGCACACAUGGCCAGACGUGAUUUCAUGUGUUCGGGGUCGGUGGUUCUUCAGCAGCCAGGCAGCAGACGGCAACGAACAACGACACCUUACUCGCAUGGGGGAAGCGCUGAAGAGCGAUUUAUGGAUUAGCUACUUGAAUCGAUUAGAGAAAAAAAUCCCAGCAGUAGGUGACACCACAGUCUCUCACAGCGAUAAGUUUCCUACACACAAGGGGGAUGCACAGUUGCGCGAGGGCAAGAAUAAUUGGGACCUGCGCCGUCUUGGUCACGUGGUCCAGGAUCUGCGGAGCAAGGAGAAUGAGUUAAAGGAGCUGCAACAACUCCUCAGAGAUGAGAGCGAAGAUAUGCGAACUCUCGCAAACACAGAAAUAGAAUCCUGUCAAGAGGAGAUAGAAAAACUAAAACAUCAGAUUGCUGGACUAUUAAUUCAGAGAGAAGAGGCAGAUGACAAUGAUCUUAUUGUGGAAGUGACAGCUGGUGUUGGAGGUCAGGAGGCUAUGCUGUUUACUGCUGAGGUUUUUGACAUGUAUCAGCAUUAUGCUUCCCAUAAGAACUGGAGUUUUGAUAUACUUGAAUAUUAUCCGAGUGAUUUAGGUGGUCUGCGGCAUGCAACAGCUAGCGUUGGAGGCCUUGAAGCAUACAAAAACCUGAAAUUUGAAGGAGGAGUGCACAGAGUUCAACGAGUGCCAAGAACUGAGAAACAAGGCCGAAUUCAUACAAGCACAAUGACUAUAGCUAUACUACCUCAACCUAGUGAGAUUAAUUUAGUAAUUAAUCCCAAAGAUUUACGAAUUGAAACCAAAAGAGCUAGCGGUGCUGGGGGCCAACAUGUAAACACCACUGACAGUGCAGUACGGAUUGUUCACAUACCAACUGGUGUUGUAUCAGAAUGCCAACAAGAAAGAUCCCAAAUCAAAAAUAAAGAAAAAGCAAUGCAAGUGCUACGUGCAAAAUUAUACAGCAUGAAACUUGAAGAGGAAACUAACAAAAGAUACAACGCACGGAAAAUACAGAUUGGCACCAAAGGAAGAUCCGAAAAAAUACGGACUUACAACUUUCCUCAGGAUCGUGUCACAGACCACCGAAUUGGCAUGUCUUUACAUAACAUUGAAGGCUUUAUGCUCGGGGAAGAACUUUUAGAUGAGAUGAUUCAGUCUCUGAGUGACUAUGCAGACUAUGAAUCACUAAUGGACAUUAUUUCAGAGUCAUCUAGUGAAGAUCUGUGAACAGUCUCUAAAUGCCUAUGUAUGUAUAUUCUUUGUUGCCACUGUAUCUUGUGACGCAAUAAUACAAUAUGAUUUAUACUUU